GAAAGUUAAGAACGAAGGAAAAGAUGGCUAAUGAAAGAAAUUCAAUAAGACCUACCAAUGGCAUCAAGUACGAGUCUUAUUUCAGCAAGUUAAGCCUUAAGAGAACUAGAACACCGCUACGAGCUACUGGAGAUAAUAUACCUAGUCCAGAUGUUUGUUAUUUGUCUGGUGGAUUUCCACCAGCUGAAAUGUUUCCAAUAGUUCACACGGAAAUUACAUUAAGGGACGGAACUAAAUUAAACUUGGAUAAAGACACUAUGGAGGAAACACAACAGUAUGGUGAUACAUAUGGAAUGGCGGGAUUACACAAAUGUUUAGUAGAUUUGGUUAGAAGAGUUCAUAACCCACCGACAUUAAAUAAACCAAAUGAUGACAAUGGAUUGGGGGUGUUAAUAUCAGCUGGUGGUCAAAGCGCACUUCAUCAUUGUUUUAAUAUAGUGCUAUCAGAAGGAGAUACUCUAUUAGUUCAGAACCCAACCUAUGCUACAAUGAUAUACAUAGUACAACCAAUAGGAGCAACUGUAAUUGGAGUAGAAUCUGAUAAAGAUGGAAUUAUUAGCAGUAAAAUGGAGGAAUUGCUGGAGAAUUGGGAACAGCAUCACAAAACAGCACGGAGACCACGUGUAUUAUACUGUGUACCAACGGGAGAUAAUCCACGUGGAGCAUCAUGGUCUCAAACCAGACGACAAGAAGUAUAUAAUAUCUGUAGAAAAUACGAGAUGUUGAUUAUGGAGGAUGAUGCCUAUUACUUUACACAUUUCACUAGGCCACUGCCGCCAUCUUUAUUGUCGCUAGAUGUCGAUGGAAGAGUCAUCAGAUUUGACACUUUUUCAAAAAUAUUAGCUCCUGGAAUACGACUGGGUUACGUGAGUGCGCCUAAACCGGUUAUAGAGUUACUGGCAACUGUCUAUCAGACAUCCGUUUUAUUUCCAUCUCAGCUUUCACAGGUGUUUGUAUUGUCACUUUUGCGUCAUUGGGGAAAUGAAGGAUUCUUGAGACAAGGGGAAAGAACUGCUGCAUUACUUAAAAGACAAGCUAAUUACAUUCUGGAAGCCGCCAAUAAGUAUUUGAAAGAUGUUUGUGAAUGGGAUGAACCCAAAGCUGGGAUGUUUUUGUGGGUUAAAUUUAAAAGAUUGGCCGAUGCUUCGCUAGUGGUAGAGAAGUGUAAACAGAGAGGUGUAUUGAUAGUUGCUGGGCAUUUUGCAAUUCCACAAGUUCGUGUAGCGCCUUUCGUUCGAUUAGCUUUUGGCAUGCCUACCAAAGAGGAGCUUUUCCGUGCGUGUAAAAUUAUUGGAGAAGUUGCACGGGAAUUGGAACAAGGGAGUUAACAAUUAGAGAAUUUAAAUCAAAAACUAUGUAUUUGUAAUAAUUUAAUUGUAUAAUGUGUAUAUCAUAUAUCGUUCAAAAUCUGUAUUAAAAUCC